CCAGCGCGCCUGCUCGGUGCGGGAUGCUGAAUUGUAGGCGAUGAUGGCGGAAGGGGAGCAGCGCUGACUUUUCUACGAGUUCUUCCCGCGGCUGAAGAACCGUCUACGACAUCCUUUCUCUCCCUCCGAAACCUUUUCCCGACACGAUGGGGAACGAGGCGAGCAUGGAAGGGGAGGGACAGGCUGGACAAGGCGGCCCCUGCGCCGUCCCUGCAGCGGGGGCUCCGGCUUCCAUUUCAGCACCGCCGGACGCUGGACAGCUCAUCAAGCCGAGCAAUGGAGCGCCUGCCGGAGGAAGUGGCGCUGGAGUCGGCCCGGGGAUUAACAGGCCACCUGCAUCAGACCUGGGUCCUACAACAGGAGUCCAUGGCAGUCAUGGAACAGGAGACAGGUUGGCCUCCCAUGACACCCCGCUGGCUGCCCCAUCCCAGGGAGAGCAGGGCCACGGUCAUGUGGCCAGGAAGAACUUGCACGUGGAUGUGGGAAGCAACAGGGCCGGGAGGUCCCCUUCGGUAUCCCCAGACCGAGGCAGCGUCCCUACCUCUCCUUACUCUGUGCCUCAAAUAGCGCCCAUGCCCAGCAGCAAGCUGUGCCCCGUCUGCAAAACGGCUGACCUGACUGGCACUGGUGAUGACAAGCCAAACUUCAACACCUGCACCAUGUGCCGCUCCAUGGUGUGCAACCAGUGUGGCUUCAAUCCCAACCCGCACCUCACUGAGGUACAGGAGUGGCUUUGCCUGAAUUGUCAGAUGCAGAGAGCGUUGGGGAUGGAUAUGACCACACCACGUUCCAAGAGUCAACAACAGAUACACUCUCCUUCUCAUGCUGCCAAACCAGAACCUAGACUCGAUGCUUCGUCUCAGCCCGUCCCUCAGACACAGAUGCCUCCUCAGGCCCGACCCCCAGGGCAGACCCAUCCAGCUCCCGGCCCUUCCAAACAGACUGGUCCGGCUGGCCCAGCUCAGCAAGCGACAAAGCUCCCCCCAGGGGCAGUGCCUCUCCCUGGCAUGGCCAAAGCCCCAUCCCAGCCCGAUUUGUCCCGAAACUCCCCCGCCCACCAGCCACAUCACCCCCGCCAGGACCAGACACGAAGUGCAGGCAGCUCUCCCUCACGACAGCCCCCACCCCCUGAGCAGACUUUUGGGAAAUUAUUUGGCUUUGGUGCUUCUCUCCUUAACCAAGCCAGUACGCUUAUAUCUGAGACUACUCAACCCCAACAACCACCCCCAAAGCAAGCCCCCAAACCAGGGGCACCUAAACCUCAACCUCAACUUGCACCACAAGGAUCUCGAGCUCCAUCUGAGCAGCAGCAGCAAGCCGCUCCUCCAAACUCCUCUAAACCCAAAGUUUGUUGUCCUCUUUGCAAGGCGGCCCUCAACAUAGGAAACACAACAGAACAAGCCAAUUAUAACACCUGCACUCAGUGCCACUCCCAAGUGUGCAACAUGUGCGGAUUCAACCCCACUCCUCACCUAGUGGAGAAUAAAGAAUGGCUGUGCUUGAACUGCCAGACACAGAGGGCUCUAUCAGGAAGUUUGGGAGAUAUUCCAGGCCCUGGCGCACAGCCCGUGGCUUCCACCAGGUCACCUGCAACAUCCAAUCAGCAGAAAGGGACUGAUCAGCGGUCAGGGCCAAGGCCCACGGGCCCUCAGCAGCAACAGAAACCACUGGGUCCCCAAGUAAGUGGCCCCGCCUCUCCUAUGAAACAGGCUGAAAUUUCCUCCCAAGCCAAGGGGAUAAACAAAGCUUCCCCUCCAAGUAAGGGUUCUUCCCAGCCUGUUCCUCAAGCCAAGGGUUCAGUUUCUCAAAGCAAGGGUGCAACACCACCCCCAGUCCAGAGUAAGAGCCAAUCUCAGAAUAAAGGUGCUGCUCAAAGUAAGGGCCCCGCUAACCAAACUAAAGGGCAGAACCAGGCUAAAGGGCAGACUCCGACAAAGGGAUCUGCUCAGCCCACGGCUCAGGUUAAGGGUCCUUUAUCUAGUGCCAAGGUUUCACCUAGCCCUAAAGCAGCACCCAAUAACGCCAAGACCUCUCCCACCUCUUCAAAAACAGCACCCACCCAGUCUAAACCCACAGGUACGUCACAGGUACGCAAACAGACGCAGAGCCAGGAGAAGACAAAAGUCACGUCUAAAGCUCCAAAGGAGGAAGUCAAGGCCUCACCAAAGAAGGACCUGUCAGAGACUGUCACUUCCACAAAAGACACCAAGAUAGCAGACCAUGUGCAGAGGUCAAGACACCGAGAAGAUUACAUCAAGUCAAGUACCCAGAGUUUAAGCGACACGGGAUACUCCUCGGAUGGCAUAUCCGGCUCUCAAGGGGAGAUUAGUGGUCAAAUUCAUGAAGAUGCCCUCAAGCUCAACGAGAGGGGUGUGUCCAUUUCCUCAGAAAUCACCAAGUUGGAGACGUCAAUGAAGCCUCUGCUGGAGUCAAAGGCGGCAUCAGACCAGAAGCACAGGCCUCAUUCACUGUCUGUUGGACAGGGACGGGACAUUAGUCCCGAUGAUGAUGCAGCAAGAGAUGAAUCGGAGGAUGAGCUCAGCUGCAAGCUUCGUCAUGAUUAUGUGGAAGACAGCAGUGAAAGUGGCCUCUCACCGUUGCCAGUAAGACAAAAGAAGUCCCAUAAAGAUUUAACUGAUGAAGAGUUUAUGAGGAGGCAAAUUAUGGAGAUGAGUGCUGAUGAAGAUGAGUUGGAGGAAUAUGGAGACCAGAAAGCUAAAAGAGGACAUAAAACUAGUGGGGAUUUGAACAAAGAGAGAAGACGACUUCCGCACCAUUCUAGUAGUUUUGAGGAUAAUGGCAAGGAAUCAGAAGGGGCGUAUAAGGCAAAAGAAGAGGAAGAUGUCAUGAUGGCAGGGGGCCUUCGUCGCUUUAAGACAAUUGAGUUGAACAAUACCAACAGUUAUAACCGAGACAUGGAACUCAACGCAGAGCAUGACCUACGGGAACCGGAGCUGGAGAUGGAGAGUCUGACUGGUUCUCCAGAGGAGCGGUCAAAAGGAGAAUACUCAUCCACUUUACCCGCCACCACUCCCAGCUACACCUCUGGAACAUCCCCCACAUCGGUGUCAUCCAUGGAGGAUGACAGUGACAGCAGCCCUAGUCGAAGAGCAAGACUAGAGGAAGCAAAGCAGCAGCGAAAGGCCAGACAUCGCUCACACGGGCCACUGCUGCCCACAAUUGAGGACUCAUCAGAGGAGGAUGAGCUUAGAGAGGAGGAAGAACUACUGAGAGAACAGGAGCAAAUGAGAGACCUUGAGCAACAGAGGAUCCGAAGUACUGCACGAAAAACAAAGAGGGAUAAGGAGGAACUGCGAGCACAGAGACGCAGGGAAAGAUCCAAAACUCCCCCCAGUAAUCUCUCUCCCAUAGAGGAUGCAUCACCAACUGAAGAACUAAGACAGGCGGCAGAGAUGGAAGAGCUCCACAGGUCAUCAUGUUCCGAAUACUCACCCUCGAUUGACUCUGAAGCAGAGGGCUUUGAGAUAAUAGCUGGAAAGCUCUACAAAUCAGGGAAUGAAUAUAACCUCCCGACUUUUACAUCGCUCUACUCCCCCACAGAGAAGACACCAGCCAUGUCAUCAGCUGAUAAAACACUCAAAAGUGCAGAGGAAGUCUAUGAGGAGAUGAUGAAGAAAGCCCAGCUCCUUCAGAGACAAGGGAAAAACAAUCAGCAGAAAAAUUCUUUGACUGACAAUAAAAACCUUGAAACAGGAUCUGCCUUAACCCCUGGCUCAAGCCCAACCCAAGGUGGUGCACCUAUGUCCUUCUCCACAACUGGCAACGACCCACGGAUUCCAGGAAUUCAUGCAGCACAUCUUUCAAAGGAAACUCAAAACAGGAUGAUGUCACAGAGUGCCAAAAUUGAAGGGGUUGUUGGAGGAGUGGCCACAACCAAAACACAAGGCAGUCACACUGCGACAACUCGAAAUGCAACUAAUGCAGGCUCCCAAAGGGCAUCACAGGCAUCACCCGACCCUGCAGGAUCUUCGCUAACAUACAAAGUUUUCUCCCUUUUCAAAGGCCCCAGCCCUCCAGUCUCGCCCACCACUUCUCCCGCACAAAGCCCGACACAUACGCCUACCGUGCGACCCACAGGAAGUAGUGGCAGGCAGUUGCCAACACUCCCUGGUGGACCAUCAUCAGCUGUAACUCCCCGUGGAGCUCAGGCACCUCAGAGGGCUGCCUCACCGCGUCUUGCACGACAGCAGUCUUCUCAGGAUUCACCAGUGAUGGUGAUAACUCUUGGCUCUGUAACACCUAGCCCUGCCAAGCCUAUAACUGUAAAUUCAUCCACUUCCCCAUUAUCAUCACCGACACAGGCUAGCUAUAAAACUUUGUAUAGCUCCCAGCCUCUGCCCACAAGUUCCCCAUCAUCAUCACCAAAACAUUCUUCACAGAUGUCUCAAAAUGCUGAAAGAUCAAAUAGUAGCACCCAAAGUCGUGGAUCACUGUCAAUGGAAAAUAUAUCUCUUUGUAAAAUCUCAACUAUUCCAGGCACUUCAAAGGUUAUGGGCCAGAGCCAAACCCAUCCAACUAAUAUUGUAGACCUCAGAGCCCCAAUGAGAUCUGCCCCAAUUAUAAUGACAGACCAAGGGAUGGAUCUAACAUCUUUAGCCUCUGACACAAGGCGCUAUUCUUUGGGGUCAGAACAGCCAUCUGUUCGGCAUACAGCAGUGCAACCUCUCAUAAUGAACUUGAAUGCACAAGAGCAACCACAUGUGUCCGUAUCAACACCGACAACAGUCAGUGUCACAGUUGCAGGUACUAUGUUCAUGUCCCAACCAAAACACCCCAUCGUCUAUGGAGAUCCUUUGCAAAACCGUGUGGAUUUGGGGCAAGGGGUUGGAUCAGCAGUGUGUUUAUCCCAGAGUAAGCCACCAGUUGCAGACCCAUCUAUUCCUAAAAUUGAUGCUUGCCUGGAGAACCUUGGUAUACAACAGCAGCAGCUGCAAUUACAACAACAAAAGCUCCUGCAGCAGCAGCAACUUCUCGAGCAGCAGCUCCAGCAGCAUCAACAACAAUCUUCUUUUGCUCGUUACAAUUUAGCCAAUCAAGUUCCGCCGCUUUUAAUGAAGAAAGAUCUUGCAGUUAGCCAGACAACCAGUUCCCAGCCUGUAGUGACUGCUAGAGUAGCUCCACUGGCCUCACAGCCUGUUUCUAAUGCCCCCCAGGAAAUAUAUGGUGGAGUUGCUUUAGAGCUACAAAACAAGCCAACAGUAAUGAAUCUGUCCACAGGUAAAGCCCAUGUCAUGAUGGUUCAACUUGAUGAGAGUAAAACAUCACAGGCGGGCACGGUUACUCAGUUAGUAAAGAAAGAAGACCCGCCUCUCCCUCCCCAAGUUUUGGAUCUGACCGGCCAGAUCAAGCCAGAAAACCAAGUAGCUUGUUGCGAUGUUGUGUACAAUUUGCCUUUUGCUGGUUCAUGUGCAGGGCCAUUCAGUCAAAAGCCCACAACGGUAUCGCCAGAUAAAAACCCCAUCACUGAAACUGCAAAAGCACCACCACCACCACCUCCCAGUCCUCGACAUUACAAUGUCAAUCAACAGCAACAAUCUCAAGCUACACAGGGUGUAACAGAGGAGCAUAAACCAUAUCAAACAACUAUAGUUCCAUCAGGAAGAAUCCAGCCGUCCAUGUCUGAUACCAAUCUGCCUGCCAUGACCGAUGGCAGUCAGUACCAGGUGAACAUGAAGGGGGGUAUGGCAGUAGAUCUAAGUACCAUGAAUCAGGCUUAUGAUGGUGCAUAUCUCGGCAUGGCAGCUCAGUAUGGAUCUUACACAGACUUGCGUCAUCAAGGUGACAUCACAGGCCCCGCAUUGCCCAUUCGCCGUUAUGGCUCCAUGUCAAAUAUCAAUUCUGAUUAUGGCUAUGGUUCCAAGGAGUUAUCAGGACCGCAGGACUCUAAUGUGGCUCAAUACAGUGCAACCACUGCAAGGGAGAUUAGUCAGAUGUGUGCUGCUCUUAACACAGCAGACCAGUUUGGAACCCGGUACGGAAAUAACCCUGAAUUGCUACAUUAUGGGGUUGGGAGAAGUGGACCUAUAGGUAGGCUAAAUCUCCAUCAGAGUUUAGCAUCAAUACGAGCAAACCUUCUGUAUGGCCCAGAUGGAAGGGCACUGCCAAAUGGCCAAACUCUAACAAACCUAAUAAAUGCCAGACAAGCAAGCAUACGCGCCUUGUAUCCUGCUGCUUUGAGAGGGGGUGAUGGCAUGAUAUACUCUACCAUAAACACUCCUAUAGCCUCUACCUUGCCUAUUACUACACAACCAGGCUCUGUUCUUCCCCCAAUGCCAAGAGGCAUUUACAGGCCAUACCCUACAGGUGUAACAGCUGUACCGUUAUCAAGUCUUACCAGGUUGCCUCAAGUGAGUCCCAGAAUGCCUCUGGCCACACAAGGAACAUAUUCAUACCCUCCUCCAAACCAGUAUUCUACUUCAGCCACACCAUCUGGCAGUAUACCCAGUGUAAGCCCUUCACAACAAGAAACACCCAUGUAUCUUGGAAAGCCUUCAACAACGGCCGCAGUCAUUCUACCAACCCAAGCCAACGCAGCACAAAAUGUAUCAGGACCCGGCAUUCAAACUACAACAGUCCAACAGACAGAUCAGUCUCAACUUAGCUCACGGAUGGCAUCCAUCUCUCAAGUCCAAGGACAGCCUCCAACUGUCAAGUCAGCGCAAGCCCAGAUGCAGCCACAACAGCUACCUGCUCAAACGGAACCUUUAUCAUUGACACAAACUCAACAGCAAGCUCAAGCCGUUAGUCAAGAACAAUCGUCAGUUUUGCCGCAGGGCACAGUCACACCGAGUGUUACUGAUGCUCAGAAAGGUAAAGAGGAUGAGAGGCUCAGUCAGCAGCAAGAGCACAUGCUGCAGCUAGAGCGAGAGCGUGUCGAAUUGGAAAAACUGAGGCAACUGCGCCUUCACGAGGAGCUGGAGCGAGAUCGUAUGGAGCUUCAGCGACACAGAGAAAAAGAACAACUACUUGUUCAGCGUGAGAUCCAAGAACUGCAAACAAUCAAGCAGCAGGUCCUGCAACAGCAGCAAGCAGAGCGUGAGACUCAACUUAUCAUGCAAAGAGAGCAACUGGCCCAGCAAAGAAUGCAACUUGAACAAAUUCAGUCUCUGCAGCAGCAGCUUCAACUGCAGUUGCAAGAGCAGAAAAGACAAAAGACAGCAGCGGUGGAAGCCGCAGCAGCCGCUGCAGCAGCAGAAGCGGCAGCAGCAUCAGCAGCAGCAGCUGCAGCAGCUACAUCCGCACAGGGUGCCAUACAGGGGGUGGUGGUGGGAGCAGGGCCUCCUCAAGGUUUCAUUAUUUGUGAUCAAAGUGGCAGGGUUAUUCAACAAGAUGGACAAACUGUUCAGUUUUGGCAGGACGGACAGGUGGUCCAAGCUAUGGUGGCAGCUCGACCUAUUCACAGUUCAGUGUCUGAAAUGUCUUUGAGAAGCAGUGACAAACAGGCCGAGUCCAAGAUUAUGAAAAAACAAAAUUCUAUGCCCCGUCUCAGAGACAGCACAGAGGAUGAUUCUGGGAAAAAGAUAGCAGACAGUUGUGUACAAACAGACGACGAAGACGGAGAGGACCGCUUCAUAAACAGGCGCAGGAGAACAAGACGCAUUGCAGACUGCAGUGUGCAAACUGAUGAAGAGGACCAGGCAGACUGGGAUCAGCAGCCAGUAAGGCGCAGGCGCUCACGCAUAUCAAAGCACUCAGAAUCCAGUGGUGAGAACAAAUCAGAUGGGUCAUCGAAAGCAGUGUCUGCAAGUAUAGCGAUUCAAACCUCAAAUGACUCAUCAUGCCAGACAGAAUCUGACCAACUAGGUCGGGUUUCACCAGCAAUACAUAUCACGAUGGCAGAAACCUCAAAGGUUGACCUAUUACAUUACAUAGCAGCCCCUGAGAGGACCCAUAAAGGAGAAAGUUUGGCAUGCCAGACAGAACCAGAGUCUCAGUCUCAGGGUGUGGUCGCCCCUCAGCUUAGUGUCCCUACAACCAUUAGUCCAUACUCCACAAGUCUGCAUAUAGUUGGUGCAAAUACAUCUGACCCAACCUCUCCCAGACUUCAAGGAGUUGCUAAAUUCGAGAGAAGGAAACCUGACCCUCUGGAAAUUGGCUAUCAGCAGCAACAAAAUGAGUCUCGCCAGCCCCCCAAAUCUCCUCAGGUUUUAUACUCCCCAGUGUCGCCCUUGUCUCCUCAUCGUAUGUUGGAAACGACCUUCGCCUCACAAGAGAAGCUUAACAAAGCCCAUGUGACACCGCAACAGAAGGCCUUCACCGCUGAAUCACCACAACGCCACCAGUCUCUACCAAGACCCAUCAAAAGUGUGCAGCGCUCCAUGUCUGAUCCCAAGCCUCUAAGCCCAACGUCGGAGGACCCCGCCAGGAACAGAUUCUCUCCAUACCAUCAGCAAGCUAUGUCCAACAGUCAGCAGAUGGCCUCCCUGCAGCAGCAGCAGCAGAAUGCUGUGAUGAGGAAGGUAAAGAGGACGCUUCCCAGCCCCCCUCCAGAGGAGGCUCCACUCCCCAUAGUUACGCCAGCACAAAUGUACAGCUCUCCUGGCAUGCCUCAGAGGGUUUUACCAAGACCUGUGCAAGGAGUCACCAAGGCAGGCUUGUUGAGUGAACUAAAAGCUGUGGAACAAGAGUCGUCAAAGCUUCGUAAGCAGCAAGCCGAGCUGGAGGAGGAAGAGAAAGAGAUUGAUGCUAAAUUACGCUACUUGGAACUCGGCAUUACUCAGCGUAAGGAGACCAUGGUGAAGGAGCGGGAGAGGAGAGAGUUGGCUUACUUGCGUUGUAUGGGUGACGCUCGGGACUACAUGUCAGACAGCGAGCUCAAUAACCUCAGAAUGGGAACUGCAACCGCAACCUUUGAUGCUAAUGGCUUGUUGACAAGGCCCAGCACAGCACCACUUAGUCAGUUUACUAAUGACCUUAAUGCAACCUCCCAGUAUUCCUCAACUUCAUCAUAUAUGCCUUAUCCUUACCCUCAAAAUCAACCAUCAUCACAACAGCCAAGCUCCUCUUACCAUCAGAUUGGUUUCCAGCCACCUCAGUACCCUUCAUCCUCAGCUCCCCAGCCAGGAACUUUCCAGCCCCAUCCUCCUCCAGGCCCAGGCUACCAGAACCAGGGAACCUAUUCUUCCCGUAUGUAUGGCCAGCCGUCAUACCAAACAGACCUUGGCAUGCACCAGCAUGGACACCAGGGUUUCCAUCCUCCUAGUCAGCCUAUGCCAGGCCAGAGCCAUCCCUAUCCCAGCCAUAGUUCCUAUCAACCCGGACUCGCUUACCAGCCCCAGGCAGAGAUCCUCACAGUACACCAAAGACCAAGGCAAACCUCUUUGGCUGACCUGGAGCAGAAACUCCCUACCAACUAUGAGGUCAUCAGCAACCCAGCGGUCUCUGUUGCCACAUCUGUUCCAGAUGCUACCUAUGGUUCCGCGUACAGCAAUGCGUAUGGACAAUAUCGCCCUGCUGAGCCUGGCCUCACUCACUCUGGUGACAGCCCAACAUCUGCUUAUGUUUCAGAUGAGCUCUACACCUCUAAUUUGGAGCAGAACAUACCUAGGAAUUAUGUAAUGAUCGACGACAUCAGUGAGUUGACCAAAGACAACGCAAGUCAACCCACGGACGCUCUAGGUCAUCCAGUAGGAGGGAGAUAUCGCAACGAGAAUGGCCCUGGACGUGGCAGCACCUAUGGUAGACCUGAAGAUGAGCCGGUGGAUGCUUAUGGAAGACCAAGUGGCACAAUGGGUUACCAGAACACAGUAGACAGCCGUACUAGUGCCACAGCAAGUGGAGGAUCUUAUUACUAUGAUGACCACAAACACACAUCACGGAGCAGCUCCGGAAGCCACAAAGUCUCACCUAAAAAUCUUGCCCCUGCCGUAGUCUCCUCCAAACGCAGUAAGCACCGAAAGCAGGGAAUGGAGCAGAAGAUAUCCAAAUUUUCUCCUAUUGAGGAAGCCCGAGAUGUGGAGGCAGACCUGGCAUCCUACACGAUGACAACCUCUACAGGCGGCAGCUGUACUGUGGUGUCUAGAUCCAAAAAGCAGGAUGAGGUGGCAUACGGAAUGAAAAGGAACACGUACGACCAGCAGAAGUAUUACAGCACCAGUCGAGAGGGCCUUGAGGAAGAAGAUCGUAUGUACAGCUCUGGUAGGUCCAGGUCUACCGGAUAUGGCAUGGACAAGAUCACAUCCAGAGACGCCUCGGGGCACAGAAGUAAAUCUUAUGAGAGAGAUGCCAUGGAGCGCUCUCAGAGAAGCAGUCGCAGUGGAAGAACGCCCAUACGCAAUCAGAAUUCAGAGGAAGAGAGUCCCAUCAGUCCUGUUGGGAAACCCGUAGGCAUCGGACGUUCUGGCAUCCCAAAUGCCCACGAUGUUAGGAACCAGUAUGGCUCCAGUCAUUCCCUUCCAGAUGUGCAAGAUCACCACAAGAAGGACCUUCCCAGGAGUCACGUCUAUAAACCUGAUGACCCUUACCUGGUAGAUGACAUGCACUGUGCUGUGUCUGACAGUGAAGCCUAUCAUUUGGGCCAAGAGGAGACUGACUGGUUUGAAAAGCCCCGGGAGGCCCGUUCAGAUCGUUCAAGACAUCAUAGAGGUGGCAGUCAGUCAUCUACAGGUAGACGCACAAAGCACACCUACCAUGACUAUGAUGAACCACCGGAGGAAUACGGCCCCCAGGACGACAACUAUCAGCGCCAUUCCUCCUCGGCAUCAUCACGGGACCACCGAUAUCAUGGCAGCAACUCUAGGCACAGCUCUUCUAGACACUCCUCAGAAGAUCCCAGGUCGUCUCGUACAUCUAGAACACACCCCAAAGACCCAUCAGGACGAUCUGAUGGCAGGUGCACUUCCUCUGCCCAGAGGAGGAGUGGCCCAGACACUCGUUCUGCUCAAGGAAGCCCCCGCAACUCAGGAGACUUCUCCCGUGAUCCCGCCACUGGCCAUCACCAUGGCACUGGGGGACGGAGCCAGAGACAACCCGGAGAUCGCACAAGAAGGCAGGAUCCCUCCACUGCAGGCCCCAAGAUGCAGCAGCAGGGCCAUGCCGGGCAACCACGUUCAAGCGCUCAAGGCCAGACGGGGAGACAUCCGGGCUCUGAAGCUCUCGAUGCUACACAGCAGUCCCAGCAGCAGCAGCUAAGUUCACAUCAACAACAGCAGCAAUCACAACAGCACAGUCAACCCCCUCCUACUAGCCAGCCAACAACCACUGCAGGAGCCGGACCACCACAGCAGCAGCCCAAAUCCAGCCAAGCACCGACACAGGGACGCCAGCCAGGAGGAGGCUCUGCAUCGGGGCAGUCAGCAGCUACAGCGGUAAAAAUGGACGCUACACCUUCAACGACUUCCACAGGAAUGAAGCCGACAAUGGCGGUCCCGACAAUACCUCAGACUACCAAAACAGCUCCACCCCCUCUAACAGGCAUUGGCUCUAAAGCCGCCCCUGUUGGGAUCGGCAGCAAAGCCGGCGGCAUCGGAAGCGCUGCAGCUGGACAGCCGCCUGCUGAAGGGGAAAACGUCCUCACCAAAAUCCUGCAAGGAGGUGCAGCGGAACAGGCCGGGAAACUGGGAGACGCUUUGUCUGGCCUUGGGAAGAAAUUCACUUCAUUCUUUUGAAUUGAAGAGAGGAGGGGUCUGCAGAGUCACAACACAACAAAAUUAACGUCUUUGCACUGGAAAAACCUAUGAAACGCCAUUUACUACAUUUCCCCAUCACAGAGGACGUGGAGGGAGAAAUCCUGAGAGCAUCAAGGUGGAAUCAAAGGAUGCCUUGUCAGCAGUGAAUUCCCAGACGUGUAUGCGAUUGAAGCGGAGAUGAAUGGGGCGGGGGGACCUGAAAAUGAAGUGGAUGCCUUAUAAGGACACAAAUCCCAGCAUCAACGGAGGACAGUAAUGAGGAGGCUUGUGCUCCUCCUCCUCAUGGAGAGCCUCCUGGGAUCAUAAAGAGUGUUGAAGGCCCACUGAUGGAGUUGUUUGGAUGUUUUUUUAUAUAGUAAAGGAAAGCCUGAGAGCGCCCUCUACUGGAUGUCCUUCACGGCUGAGGAUUACACAUCUGGCAAGGCUGUUUGCUCCCACAUUGAUGCUGAUUCUUCAAGGUUUUCAUAGGUUUUUCCACCCCCAAAGACUUCACUUCAACCCUGAGUGCUGGCUUCCUCUGAUCUCUACAUUCCAGUUUCGGGAACGUAAACCCUGUCUUUGAAUGUCUUCUUACUUCUCCUUUUUUUUCUUUUCAGUGUGUCUACAGAAUGCAUUGUGUAAAUGUGUACAUGCACGCACAAGUAUAGGAAAAAAGGAAAAAGAAGCCCAUACGUGUACUUCCUCCACCAUUCAGAAGCUUUUUUCUUUGUUUUGGUUUAGUUUUGAAGGAAAGGAAGUGACUGCCAGCGUGCCCAUGAUGCAGUGUGAGAGUCACACACAGAUGAAGAGGUCAUCACAAAGCCAUCCUUAUUGUCUGUGUGCAGCUUUCAUGUCUCAUCUUUUUACUUUCCUUUCAUUUUUGCCUCAUCAGAAGAGCCUUAUUCACGCUUUUGAUUUUGUUUUGCUUUUACUUCUAUACCUCGUAUGUCAUUUCUUUUUACAUGGCUGUAUACUACUGUAUGUACAUAAUCUUUCCAAAUGUACAUUUGUCAUAUGUGCAUUUAUGGAAUAUUUUUACCUUUGUCCUUUUCUUUGCUAAAACUUUAUAUUUAUUGUUUUUUUUUUAAUUAUUAUUUUGUCGAUUCUCCUGCAUCGGAUCAUUUUUUAAUUUAAGGACAAAAAAGAGCAAUAGCAUGCAGAUAAUGGUAUAUAGCACAAUGGUAUAAAUGUUGCGUACAUUAGCACCGGGGAAAUGAUCAAACGCUUGUUGUUGUACAGUUUGUCAAGCGGUUUACAACCUUCGUACCAGAUGUCCACAUGUGCAUGUUAGCUGCAUAAAAGCAUGCUGAGUGCAACAAACACACACACACACACACACACAUACACUUGGCAUCCCUUUUCUGCUGUAUGGUUAUUGAUUGAUCAACAAGCUGGGCCCACUGCCUUUUCUUGAGGUUCCAAUCUUCUAUGCAAUGACUCAUUUGGGAAGUGAUUAAGCCUAAAACAAAAUGGACUCAAAUAGGUCAAAAGAUGUAUGAAUUUGACAACUAGAGUUGUUUUGUUUUUGCAUGUUUUCAGACAUGGGUGUCCAAAGUCUGGCCCGGGGGGCCAUAUGCAUGUCAAAGCUCAUUUUUACAUUUUUUAGGACAAGCAAACACAAACUGCAUCACAAAAGAGGAUUAGGGGUCGUUGCGAUGUAUGUUGUUUUUCCUUUAAAUAUCAGUCUUUCCCAUAUCCUCAUAUAAAUCCAUUUGGACCGCCACAAAUACAUUAAAAUAUACUGUAUAUACAUAAAUAUAUAUAUAUAUAUAUAUAUAUAUAUACUCCUUAUCAAAAUCUUAAGACCAUUUUGCACAUUUGGAUCUUAAUGAGGUUUUAAGUAGAGCUACAAUACGCAAAAGCAAGAAGGGGGAGUGAGACAAAAAACAUUUUGAACUUGUAAUUUAAACACACAAAAAAAAUUUAAAUAGGUUGUUUGUCACCUGAUCACAAGUUUAAGACCACAGGCUACAGUAUAAAAGCCAAAAUCUGCGCAAAAUUUUCAUUUUCUGUCAGGCAUUCACACUGUCGUGCCCUCCUGAUGGCUAAAGCGAAGAAGCUUUCUCUUUUUGAACGUGGUCGGAUUGUAAGAAAGUCGUUUUACUUUUUUUUUUUAAAGAUCCUGAGCAUUAUGGAACAAAAAAGUCAAAUGGUAGACCCAAAAAAAAUCACACCUGCGCUGAGCCGGAGGAUCAGAUUGGCUGUCCAUCAAGACACAUGGCGGUCUUCGACCCACAUUAAGGCCCUUACUGGUGCCGACUGCAGCGCAAUAACCAUCAGACGGCAUCUGCAGGAAAAGGGUUUAAAAAACGAAUUCAAAGACCUCGUCUCCUUCAACGCCACAAAACUGCCCGUUUAGACUUUGCCAGGGAGCAUCAAACAUGGGACAUUCAAAGGUGGAAAAAAGUUUUAUUCUCUGAUGAGGAAAAAUGAGUCCUACUGAGAACAUUUUGAGAGUUAUUGUUUGAGCGAUGGUCUGCUUUUUGUCUCACUCCCCCGUCUAGGUUUGCAUAUUGUAGCCCUACUUAAAACCUCAUUAAGAUCCAAAUGUGCAAAAUGCAAAUUCUAGCAGUUUUUCAACUGGUCUUAAGAUUUGAAUAAGGAGUGUGUAUAUAUGUAUAUAUAUACAGUAUAUAUAUAUAUAUACACACUGUAUGCAGUAUAUUUUUAUGUAUUUGAUAACUUUUUUAUAUCUACUUUUUUAAAAUUUACAUUUAAGUGUAGUUUGUGCACACCUGGAGGUAAGAAGGACUGGAAAUAGUUUGGAUUUGACCAACUGUACCUGUUGAUGUGUCCUAAUCAAAUAUGACAUCACUACUACCACAUCACUACUAUCAGGAGAACCAGAGUAUAGAGGGGAGGGAGCCACCUGCUGUGGCCCAGCAAAGUGUACCGUAUUCGGACACAUGCUCCAAGCAGCCGGUGUGCCGCUACGGAGGUCUCUGGCAAACCUUUUGCAAAUGCCGCAGUGCUGGCUUUUCAGGUGGCUGAUAAGGUUGUUUGUGUGCUCAUUGUUUUUUUUCCCCUCAUCGCGCUGCAUUUGGUACAACUAGCACGCAAAAUGUCUCCCUCGAAAAGUGAAUGUUUGUUUACAAGUGAGCUCAGGUGAAGUUACGACAGGCCGUUAACGUCACAGGUGAUUUGCUCAGCCUCACAGUAAAGGUAAUCUUGCCUCAUUGGAGCAUUUUUUUUUUUAAAUUAUUGGUUAUCGGAGCUAUUUUGAAUAUCAGCCCGAUAAUUAUUGUGCACCCCUAGUAUAAAUAUAGUCCAACUAUAAAAUGAAAUACAAUCCCCAUCACAACGUUGCAUGUACUUUGUUUUUCAGUGUUUCCCACACAUUCAUUUAUUUGUGGCGGGCUGCCAUGACCAAAUUUGGAACGCCACAAAUCUUUUUUUUUUAUAUAUAUAAACUGUAACGCAACCCGCAUUACAAAAGAGAAUUAGGUGUUGCUGCUAUGUCUGUCCUAAAAAUAUCAAUGUGGCGGCACACCACAAAUAGAUUUGGCGCUCCGUGUUGGCCCUCGCUCAUAAACACAUUAUAACGGGACCGUCUAUGAAUGUAGCUUGUCCUUCCAACUCCACACCGUAGAUGACAUUGUAACUCCACUUCUUACCACACCUCCUACGCACCUGCACUGCCAGAGAAUAAGAAGAUGUAGCAGGAAGGAUCCGUGUUGCCAACUUAGCCACUUUGUCACUAAAUUUAUUCAUUUUUUUAAAACAACAACAACAACAAAUCUAGUGACAUUUUAUGGUCUUAUUGGGCACUUUUGGAGGCGCUAACACACAGGUGUGAAACUCAUGGCCUGGGGGCUAGAUCUGACCCGACACAUCAUUUGAUGUGGCCCACGAAAGCCUGUAAAUAAUGUGCACCCAAAAAAACACUUCAACUUUCUCGCUAAAUUGUUGAAAUGAAAUGCAAGUAUCGCUCCUCUCAGCGAGCAGCGGGUCUUGCUGUGCCCCUCAGAAGUAUUUCUAGUACUUCACUAAAAAUGUUCACAUGAUUGGUAAAGCAAAUGAGUUACUGCAUUUAACGUGCUAUUUUUGACAGCCCGAAAAAAAUCUGUAUGUGGCCCUCCGUGGACAAAGUUUUGACACCCCAUGUUUUAAGAACUGUGCUCCCCCUGCACAGAGACUUGUUGCCAAAGGGUGAACUGUGUCUACGUUGUGUUUUGUUUUUGAUUUUAAAAUGUCCACCGUCACGUCGCUUGCUAGCAUGGGUUUGCUUGGCUGCUUUCCUUGGCUGUUUGUUACUUCCUUGAGCGUUUUGCCUGACCUGGGCUUGCAGUGAGCGUCUUAUAUGCUGCGAUGUGGGCAGCACUUUUGUGUCAAUGUACAUAUUUACAUAUUCGGGUGUCACGCCAUCCCUGCGUGGGCGGUGAAUGGGGAAUGCUUCUUUUCACCGGGCAGGGGAAAAGGUGCAUGAUUAGAUGACAGCAUGGCAGCAGGAGGAGACAGAAGAGCAAAAGUUCAGCCAGUCACUCACAAAUCAGGUCUUUUGGUUUCUUUUGUGUGUGCGUGUUUUUUUUUAAGUUGAAAGCACAAAGCGUGGCUGGUGGUGGUGGCGGACACGCGGAGGUUAAGUAACAGUGCCUCCCAGAUCUGCCGAAAGUGAGGCUCGUGACACUCAGCCAUCCACAUUGUUACUGUAAAUACACGAUCAUUCCACUGUACAGCUUUUCAGUUUGGAGUACGCACCCCCCCAUGCCGUACAUGCUGCCAACCUUUUCUUUUUGUGUAUAAAAGAACAUUUAUGAACACGGUAAUAAGGAUGAUGAUAUUUGCUUACGCAUAGUCUUUAUGUGGCUGACAUGUACUGACUGUUUACAACAGUGGAACAAAAAAACUCCAGUCUGUGUAGAGAUUCUAUUAUUGUGUUUCAAUUUAAAAAAAAACAAAAAAAACAACCUCCGUGGCAACAAUUGCCUUUAUUGUCCAACAAUUGGGAGGUUUCGGUGGUUAUGAUCUAGAAUGUGAUUAUUGGAAGAAGCAGGGCAUAAAAAAAAGAAACAAAACACCUGGAAAAUGUCAUUCACUGUUGUAAGUGCAAUGGGAAAAACGUCAGUCGUGUAUCCAUUGUGAAACCUUGUGUUCUAUUCAGUGUAUUCCUGUAAGAUGAUAAUUGCUUUGUACAUUUUGGUGCAUCAUGUCCAGUAAUGUGAUUCAAUGAAAAUAUUGACCCUGCAAUUUCCAAACAGAAAAACAAUAAAACAUUAAAGGAAUAUAAUGUUGUCAUGUA